GUUGUACCAAGAUUUGGGGUGCAGGUUCUAUUUUUCUUAUUUGUGUUACGAGGUGUUGGCCUUGGCAAACUUGCCAUUUUAAUAUUUCUGUUUUUUCUCGUGCACAUUUAUAUAGUGUGUUUUUAAAUGAUUAAAGACAGAGCGUCAGGAAACAUGAGUGGACAUAUUAGAUUACAUGGGCUGCUGCAGCACAGGUGAGCAGUUAGCAGCUGAUCAGCAGUCAUGAUGGCUUAUUGGUGUGAUGUGGUUCUGCGCUUCUGUAGAGUCAGAGCCUUUUUGAUCCUGGUGCUCAGUUAUGUCCUCUUUCUCAUUUUUGGUGCUGUCGUCUUCACGGUCCUUGAACAACCGGAUGGGAUGAGCCUCCUUGCUGAGGUGCAGGACCUCAGAGAGGAGUUUCUGGAUAGCAAUCGCUGUGUGCAGGAGGGAAGCCUGCGGCGGUUGCUGGCGAAGGCGCUUUUUGCGGACAAGCGUGGUGUAGCGGUCCUUGGUGCGGACAGCGAAGAGCUCAGCUAUGACUUUACCUCGUCCUUGUUUUUUGUCACUGCUUUCCUAACCACCACAGGUUAUGGUAGCACCAUGCCCAUGUCGGACGAGGGCAAGCUCUUCUGUGUCUUGUAUUGCCUGCUGGGGAUUCCUCUCACCCUGCUGCUGAUGUCCUCCCUCACCCGCUGCCUGCUCCAGUUCACAACCCAUCGACCCGUACGCCACAUUCAAACCCACUGGGGGCUGUCCCACAGUAGAGCGGCGUUGGCCCACGCUGCCGUCCUGGUCACUGGCACUGCAGUGUUAUUUUUCCUGUUGCCGGCUGCUGGCCUUUGCCUCCUGGAGCAGAACUGGACAUUCCUGGACUCCCUCUAUGUCUGUUUCAUUUCCAUCAGCACCAUAGGCCUGGGAGACUAUGUGCCGGGAAGGACCAGUAACCAGGCUGCGCCACAAGGCCUGGAGUUCGCCUUCUCCUGCUACAUUCUACUUGGUUUGGUGGUCCUACUACUGGUGUUGGAGACCAUCUGGGAGCUCCCACAGAUCAGAGGCCUGAUCCGCCUUGUUUCGGGCCUCCGUGAGGGGCAGCUCAUGGGCCUCGCCAUGGAUGAGCUGGACCUUGGUGAAGACCACCGGCCACAGUCAAGUGCAGAAGAGCUCCAGUACUCCCUGCCAAUCUCCACCAUCUCCUCCAUCUCUCACCUCUCCCUCUGUAUCUCUGAGGAACACGGUGCCACGAACACCAAGUCCCUGUCCUCAUGUCCUUAAUCAGUUGUGCUUUAACCAGUCCUCAACUUAACCACUUUGAGGUCCAGAGCAGUGGGUAUAGGAAUGGCACCUGUGGACUCUUAGCUAAGACCACAUGGAUGUAUUGUCUCUUUUCACUGUUUCACCUCUAGUUUCUCAGAUUAAACACUUUGUAAUCCCUUCCAACUUGAAUGAACACCCUCAGGCAGAUGACUUUUACACAUACAAUAAUAUGGGUAGAUUCAGAUGGUCCACUAAAGUCUCAUUUAGCCAUAGCGGAAAAAAUACCCAAGUGUAAGAAGCAAGAUGAAGGCUUUAAUUAAUGCCCUAUCCAGACAGCAGUCUUUGGUGCUCUAAAAUUAAACAUGAAUGUCAAUGUUCUACAUCCCUCAGAUAUUAUUUUUUGAGUUCAUACACAUUUUUUACAAAAUCAAAGCCACUGGCGCAGUAUGACAGCAGAGCCUCUGGGUGGCACUGUGGAGUCACAGGCAGAGCUGGUGCCUCACAGCUGGCUGUAGGUUCGAAUCCAACUCGGGCCGUGUGGAAUUUGUAUGUUUUUCCCAUUUGCCUGGGUUUCCUUUAGGUGUUUUAGGUGGAUUGACCACUCUGAAUUGCCUGUUGUGUGCGAUGUUGUAUUGUACAAACAGCUGAAUGACUAUAGAGGUAUAGACGGCUCACCUCAAAGAAUAAACAUGAAUGUUAUGAAGUCCCUUGAAAAGUACGUGUGAGGUCCUCUGCGGUCGUCUUGCUUCUGCGCUUUCGGUCAGGGUGAAAUGUUCCACCGCAAGAGCCCAGUCAGAAGUUACAUGACCAGCUUGAUAGUUUACAUUAGUCUUCUUGCUGUCUACUCAGAAAGGUUUUUAUGCUUUUAAUAUUUUUAAUUAACAUAUCCAGUGUGACAUUGGAUAAUUACAGUA